GACAAGCCAAGGGAGAGUGAUGAUUCUAAAAAGAAGCCCUCGUGUUGCUCAUUUAGUAAAAAAGAUAAGACCAAGCAGGGCGAUGAUUCGAAAAAGAAACCCUCGAAGAAGAAAAAAUCUACAUCUUGUUGCUCGUUCGCAACAAAAGAUAAACCAAAUGAAUCCAAGGACUCUAAAAAGAAAAAUGACAAGGACAGUAAAACCAAAAGCCAGGAAAUCGUUCCAAAGAAAUCUCCCACAGCCUCGUGUUGUUCCACAGGCAAUAAGGAUAAGUCCAAAAAACGCCCGCCAGAUGAAAAUAAAGAAAAGGCGCAGAAGAAAUCAUCUACAUCGUCGGGCUGCUCAUUUAGGAAAAAGGAUAAGAAAAAGGAAGCCGAUGACUUUAAAAAGAAGCCAUUGUGUAGCUGGUUCUGUAAAAAGGAUAAGUCUAAGAAAAAAGACGGUUCUUCAACUUCUUCGUGUUGUCCUGUGGGGAGCAUAGAUAAGUCUAAAAAGACUCCUCCAAAGGUUAAGAGCCAAGAAAAAAUGCAAAAGAAACCAACCACCAUAUCUUGUUGCUCAGUCGGUAGAAAGGAAGAACAUAAAAAGAUAAACGAUUUCAAAGAAACCCCACUCAAAGCUCAAAAGCAAGAAAAAGUUCAAAAGAAAUCAUCUACUGCAUCAUGUUGCCCCAAGAAUAAAAAGCCAAAGAAACCAGCUGAUUCGAAUAGGAAACCGCCUAAAGCUGACAGUCGGGAAAAAGUGCAAAAGAAGUCGUCCCCUACGUCGUGCUGUCCAAAGUCCAAAACACCAUCGAAGUCUGCCGAUCUACGGAGGAAAUCAUCUCAAACAACUUGCUGGGGAAGUGGUAGCAGGGAUAAACCGAAAAACUUGGAAGACUCUAAGAGAAAACCAACAAAGUCCCAAAACAAAGCAAAAGUCCAGCCGACGUCGUGUUGCAGGGGCAGAGAAAAGGAAGAACGCGACGUUAAAAGCAAAAACAAGAAGUCAGUCAGCAAAACAUCGCAAAAGUCUUUUUUUUCAUGCUGCGUAUCACCCGACGAAAGAACGCAAACGCCUGCAAGAACUAACGACAGGACGAAGGAGAAGCAAACAAAGCCACUACCCAAAAACAACCAAUCACAGUCAUCCUUCUGGUCAUGCUGUACAAGCGUUAGUACCCGGAAAAAAUCUAAAGACCGGCAAAGUGAAGGCCCGAUACAAAGACAGAAGGAUAACAGAAAGAAAACAGCACAUCAAGUAGAGAUGCCACCAAACUUCUCAUACUGCGAAGCGCUCUAUAAUGAAUUAGAAAACCUAGUCAUGCAAAAUCAGUGUCCAAAACAAAUUUCACAAGCACAAAAGAGGAAGGAACCCGCAAAAGAGGACACGAAAUCCAAAGGCAGUUCUUGCUUUCAACGCAGCAGUUCGAAAAGCGAAAAGAGCCCAUCCAAGUCAAGUCUAAAAUCUCAAAGCAAUGAGAAUAGUGAAACUACCAGCAAAACGAUGAGAUCUCAAUCAGGAGGAAGAGCUAGUAAAAAAAAAGACAAGGGCAGCAGCGAAGCGAAAGCGCAGGAAGCCUCAAGUUCUACCUCUAAGGACGAUACACAGCGCCGCGGCAAGUCGAAAACACGAAGUUAUCGCCACCGAGCUUCCAAUCCGCCACCAACACCGCCAACAUGUCACUCCAGCAGUGAGACAGAUAUCGAAAAGUCCUUUGUAGCUGAGUACAUCCUGGGCAAACCGCACCAGCGCGCAAUGUCCUAUGCACAGACGAGAAAC